CCAACCCAUCUGGCAACCCACCCAACUUGGCAGCUUAAACCCACAUGUACAAAAACUCGCAAAAAUGAGGCCAUUGACAGAAGAAGAAACUAAAGUUGUCCUUGGGAAACUCUCCAAAUAUAUAGGGGACAAUGUCAAGCUACUGGUUGAUAGACCUGAUGGUAGCUAUGUAUUCAGAUUACACAAAAAUAGAGUUUUCUAUGUGAAAGAGCAGAUAAUGAGAUGGGCCACAAAUGUUGCUCGUAAGCAAAUGCUUAGUCUUGGUACUUGUAUCGGGAAGUUCACUCAUGGCGGUAAAUUCCACCUGGUAAUAACUGCAUUGGAUAUACUAGCGCCACAUGCUAAACAUAAGGUGUGGUUGAAGGCUAACAGUGAGCAGCAGUUCUUGUAUGGCCAUAAUGUGUUGAAAGGAGGUUUGGGGCGAAUUACUGAGAACACACCAACGUACCAAGGAGUAUUAGUAUACUCAAUGAAUGACACACCACUGGGCUUUGGCGUUGCUGCUAAGUCAACACAAGACUGCAGGCAUAUUGACCCAGGGACUACAGUUGUAUUCAAUCAAGCUGACAUAGGGCAAUAUCUUCGCUCUGAAGACCAGUUGAGUUAAAAAGGUUUAAUCCAAUAAUUACUCAUAACAGCACCAGUGACUACAUGUGUAUUGUAUUUAUUGAAAAAAUAAUGACUUCUUGUUAAAAUUAAUGUUGUUACUAUUAUAAAUUAUAAUAAUACAGCUGAGUUAUACAAAUAUUCACAG